AUGGCCAGCGAGGCCCAGAAGGCUGCCUGGCGAAAAUACGAGCAGGAGAAGCGUCUGCCGCGCAAAGACAAUCGCGAUCGCGGCAAACGCGACCGCACUCGCGAUCAGCAGGCCCGGCGUUCGCACAAAAAGGCGGCUGCCAUCCUAGCCGCCAUCGCACAAGAGGGGCCACUGAUUUCCAUGGCCCGCAGCGAGGCCCAGAAGGCUGCCGAGCGCAACUACGAGAAGAAGCGUGGACCACGCAAACGCAUAGACAAGCGUAAGCGUGGCAAACGCGACCGCACAAGCGAGCAGCGGGACCGGCGCGCGCGCAAAAAGGCGGCCGCCAUCGCCGAGCGGGCACAAGAGGCAGCGGAAGAUGCUGCGACCGCGGCCGCCGCCGUCGACAAUGAGGCGGCGCCGGCCUCCGACUCGGCGGCCCCCGCGCUCGACGUCCAGGACGCGGCGCUCGAGAUGUAG